CACAUUAAUCAACAUGGUAAAUACUUUUAAAAUGACACUGUUUUGCGCCCGGGACUAAUCUCUUGCAUGUCAGCCUUAUAAAAUGGUGUACAAGCAGUGAAACGCACUCAAAAUCAUCUGGAACUCAAAUAAAUAAACGUACAUUAAUUUUCAAAGUACGAAUUUCAAGGAAAUAGAAAAAGUAUCGAAGAUGAAACAAAUGGUGAUCAUGGUCUUCAUGUCCCUCUGCCUGGGAACAGCGUAUGGAAGACUUACAGCAGAGGAAAUGCGUGCAACUCUUAAAUCCUUAAAUCCACUGUUUUCGCAUGCGCGUGGAAGUGCUGUUCCCUUUAGACAGAAUGUGAAUGUCAGAUUGCCAGUUUCUGAGGCUGCUGUACAAACUGCAAACGACCGUAUUUCGAUCGAGAGUCCAAUGGCGUCAGAAGCUCGCACAAACGAGCUUCCAUCGAACGCACGUCCAGUGUCAUCAGCAGCUCGCACAAACAAGCUUCCAUCGAACGCACGUCCAGUGACAUCAGAAGCUCGCACAAAUGACCGUCCUUCGAACGUACGGCCAAUGACAUCAGAAGCUCGCACCGGCGGGCUAGGGUCUCCUGUUCAACAGAAAAGACGUGUAGUUCCAGUGCCUGCUGGAAAACCAAGACGUCAACAAGAUAACAUGUUAGGUCAGAUCAAACCAGCCCCGGUCGCACAACAGCCAGUCCAAGCUCCUGUAAACGCCCCAGCAAAGAAUCAACAAAGCAGACCCGCAUCUCAACCCUCGACAAACAAUAUCAGGCCCGCAGCAAAUGUCGCAUCAGCCGAACAGCAGGUGGCUGCAAGCAAACAGGAAUGUGCCUUUCACAUUCCAUCAUUUCUUUUGCCGGACCCACACCCAAGCAGCAUUGGUUCAAGUCAGAGCUGUCCGUCAUUCUUGCUGCCGGGACCCAGCAUCAACCGCGAACUUGUCACCCUUAUGGUUGAGCACUUGACCGGAAUUAAAAAGUCAAGCAAUCCUCAGCUGAAUGGAGUUAAGAGUCAAAUCACACAGGUCGAGUUCGAGCAGAAGUGUCUGAUUCCCGCCUUGCGCGCGCAUGUACUCGGUGGUCAAGCAUGCAAGACACGUGAACUGAAAGUUUAUCUAGAAUGGCUCCUUUAUCUACGCCAGAGGCUCUUCAAUAUAUAAACAGUUUCACAUACUGGAUCAAAAGCCUGUAGACUGGUUUUUGUUACAUGAAAUUCUGUGAUAUAAAUACGUAAAACCCCGCAAAUUUUUGACUUUUGAGUCAGAUUUGCUGCUUUCCAAGAAGACAUUUCCUACAAACGUACAAAGAUUUGAUAAAUCCUAAUAUAACAUGAAAGUCGUUCUUUAGAUGUGGUACACUGUCAUAAUGGUUGCGGUAGAAGGGAAAUUCAUGCAGAACAACGUUUUCGUCUUUAAUUAACAAGACACUGUUGUUGUACAAAAAGAUUAUUUAUUACUCGCGUUUUCCAGUUUGAUGAACAUAUGAAAAGUUGUGACAUUUUAAUAUUUAACUGCAACAAGAUUUUAAGCAGCGAAUGUCACCGUUAUGUUAAGAGUUUAUUCAUAAUUUAGCGUGUUUUUCUUGACUGCCUUCCAAGUCACAUAACGCGAUCUUACAGCGGAAUUUUUCAGGUCUAGUGGAAAUACUCAUUAUUUUUUAAAAACUUAUAUGCAUUUCAUCAUAACACAUUAUAAUGGCCAACUGAUAUAAAAAACAAACAUAGUUCCUGACUUAGUCUACCGACUUUCACAAACAAAACAGGUAGAAAGAUUUAAGUAGUAUGCUGCCUAUACACCCAAAAUGACAGCCGUAAAAAGUUGUGAUUGCGUACUCUCUGUGAGUAAAAACUUCGAGGCGUAAUUGCACUUAUUCGAGUGCCUACAAAACUACAAUGCAUGUAUGUCUUACCAUCAACUACACAACAUUCAUUAUAAUUGUAAUAUUCGUUUAACAAUGAUGAAAUGUUUGCAUCAAGUCUGUUUUGUUAACUUAAUAAAACAAUAAAUAAACCAAAAUUUCAAAAAGUUGUCGUACAGCUAAAUUCAGUAUAUCUACGUCUUGAACAAUUUAUUUAUCUACGCCAGCGUUUAUAUAAAAAAGAAUUCAUGAAACUCUC